AUGGAAAAAAGUUUAUUAAUUGCAGGAUUCUUAUCAUUACUAAGUGCUUGCAUUUAUUUUUAGAAAAUAAAUGAAUUAAGUGAUGAAUAUUAACUAAAAAUUAUUAUCAAAUAUUAAGAAUGGCAACAAAAAUAUAAUAAAAGGUAUCUAAACCAAAAUGAAUAAAUGUAUAGAUUUUCAAUUUACUAAUAAAAUAUAAUUAAGAUAGAAAAUUUUAAUUCUUAAAACAAUAGCUAUAAGUAAAAAAUUAACAAGUUUGGUGAUUUAACAGACUAAGAGUUCUAUACAAAAUAUUUAACUUUAUAAAUGCCAUAAAGAUUAUAAAAUAUCCCAAGAAAUGAAGAAUCUUUUGUAGUUUAAAAUGCAAUAGAUUGGGUAGAGAAAGGAAAAGUUCCAGCAAUUAAAGAUUAGGGUGAUUGUGGAUCAUGUUGGGCAUUUUCAGCUGUAGGAGCUUUAGAAAUUAAUACUCAUAUCUAAUUUAAUGAAAUAACUGAUUUAUCAGAAUAAGAUUUAGUAGAUUGUGCAGGUCCUUAUGGUAAUGCUGGAUGUGAUGGUGGAUGGAUGGAAUCUGCUUUGGAUUAUAUUAUAGAUAAAGGAAUAGCUGAAACAAACAUUUAUCCUUAUACAGGAUAAGAUGGGAUUUGUAAAACAGUUAUAAGAAGAUUCAAAAGAGUAAUUGGAUAUGUAGAUUUAGAAGGAUGUCAAAAUAUUUCAGAUGCUUUAUAAUAAUAAUCAAUUUCUGUAGGAGUGGAUGCAACAAAUUGGAGAUUUUAUUGUAUAAAUAUUAUAAUAUUGAUUAAUAGCAAGUGGGGUAUUUUCUGAUUGUAAAAAAUAUUUAAAUCAUGGAGUAGUAUUAGUAGGAAUAAAUAAGAAUGGUAUUUGGAAGAUUAGAAAUUCAUGGGGAUAAGAUUGGGGAGAAUAAGGAUACAUAAAUCUAGCUUCUGGAGAUACAUGUGGAGUCUGUUUAACAGGAUCAUAUGCAAUUUUAUAAUGA